UACGCAUACAUUUGUCACUAUACCACAGACUAGGCAAGGGAAAGGGAUGCUGUGGCAAAACCAACCGUCAAAAUAUUUCAAGUUUGGGAUUGGUGUUGUUUGUUUUGUUUACUUGCUAAAUAGGUUUUCCUUCUUUAUCUUGUAAUGUCUGCAUAUUAUAAAGGAUCGCCACAGAGGAGGGAACCAAGAGUUUCCAAUAGAGUUAUCAACGAUCCUGUUGCUGUCAUUUACAACCAAGCCUCUUGGCGGAUAAGCAAAGUGACCGCAUUGUAUAACUUACAAUACGAAGCAGUGAAGUUGAAGCAAUAUCGUGCAAGUAUAAAGCAAGCUCUUGUAAACAUAGUCACAACUAACUCCAGUCUCAAAUACUCAGUGAAUGUAGUUGGUGAGCCACAGCUCAAGUAUUCUGAAGAUGAUUCCGACGCACUAAUGAUAACAGUAUCAAGUAGUUCAUCCAGUGAGAACUCCAAAUCCGCAGUAGUGUAUGAAGCAAUUCUUCUCUCCUGGGGUAUGUGCAACACUGUGCCUGAAGCUAUACAUCUACCAUACUUACUGGAGCGAGGAGAGCAAAAAGUUGGAACAGCUGUGAAAACUGCAUUUGCUAGCAUAUUUGACUGCAGGAUCAUACCAUUUAGUUUCAAUCAGAGACAGAUAUUACAAUUUGCAUUCAACUUUAUUGAGAAUGAAACAUCAAACUUGGACAAGCCCAUGAAGUUUAUUUACAGCACUCCAAAUGUGGACACAAAGGACAAAUUAACAUUGAGCUUUGAAAUUCAAGAUGUUUAUUUAAUUUUAAACAGUAUGAAAGAAGAAGCAAAGAAGAGGUCAGAAUUAGUAUUCCUAACAUACCAAGGACUGCAGAAUCAGAUAUUUGACACAUUUGAGUUUGACAUAGCGGUGCUGAACCUACAUGAAGUGGCACUGCCCAAGGCUUCCGUCAAAGACAAUGGUACUUUCAAAAUGAAGACACCCGAAAUGGUGAACUCGGUAUUUACAGUUCUAAAUGAAAUAUGUACUAUAGACGCUGUUUAGUAGGAUAAAAGCUGAAUUAAGAACUAUCCUAUACCAGUUUUAAAAUUUUAAGUAUUAAAAAUGUACCUAUUGACAAUAAUAACACACAAAGAAUAUUUUUUAACAUUUAUUCUCAUGAAUUACAUCUUACAAAUGUGUUUGCAUAUUGUAACCUUACAAAUUAUACAUCAUUACAAUGUGCUAAACUUAAAAAUAAGUAUAUUUUUGCUAUAUCAUGUCUUUCGUUACCUUGCAAGCAGUCCUUUUUAGAUUCCCCUUAGUUUAAUGGAUAAGGGACAUUUAAUUUUACUUGUGCACAACUUGUACUGUACUAGGCCAGAUAUGAAGCAUGUGAACACACAUUAAUGUUCAAGAUGUAGAGCA